AUGCAUUUUGCAAUUGUAGUUAUGAGGGCAGGUUGUUGGUUGUCCGCUUCUGUAAUUAGAGCAGAGGAGUGCGCUUGGCCCGCCCUCUGGUCCCAGAUGCACCAAUGAGCUCUCUCUGAUAGGCAAUAAGUGUCAAGCAGAGUCCACACCACAUCAUAACUUUUGAGAGGUGGCAAAACACGCUCACUUCUCCUUCUCAAAAAAGCAACAAAGGCGCACAAGACAGGAUGGAGAAAUCCAAAAAUUUUCGCAUCGACGCGUUGUUGGCGGUUGAUACGCCCAAAGUGCAGACUUCUCCUCUUGCUCUUGUAACAACGUUAUCAUCCUCCUCUUCCUUGCCGUCUUCUGUGAGUGUGGCAGCCGCGGAACUCACCGGCAACGCGGAGUCUUUACGCACGGAGACGCCGUCUCCUCCGAGGAUUUCUACUUGUGGUUUGAUUCCUAAACCAGGCUUCCUCAACAGCCCGCAUAGUGUGGUCGGAUUACACCCCCAAAGCACCGCGGGCAUCCCAGCUCAGGCUCUUUACGGCCACCCUAUGUACACAUACUCCGCCGCUGCUCUCACUGGACAACACCCCGCCUUGUCCUAUCCAUACCCGCACGGUUCGCAUCACCAUCACACCACGGAUCCCAUUAAACUUUCGGCCAGCACAUUUCAACUGGACCACUGGCUGCGCGUAUCCACAGCUGGCAUGAUGCUGCCCAAAAUGUCGGAUUUUAACUCCCAGGCACAAUCCAAUUUGUUGGGAAAAUGCAGACGACCGAGAACGGCGUUCACCAGUCAGCAGCUGUUAGAGCUGGAGCAUCAAUUCAAACUAAACAAGUAUCUUUCACGACCUAAGCGUUUUGAAGUGGCCACGUCUCUCAUGCUCACGGAAACGCAGGUUAAAAUAUGGUUCCAAAACAGGCGAAUGAAGUGGAAGAGGAGCAAGAAGGCCAAGGAACAGGCCCAGGAGGCCGAGAAACAGAAGGGCAGUAAGGGCCAGGAGAAAUCAGACGGACUCGAUCAGUCAGAAUAUCACAGCAAGACAGACUCCAAGAACGGCAGAAUAAGAGACUUUAGAGACAGCGACGACGAAGAUGGCGACAACUUCCUAUACAACUCCUCAGACUGCUCUUCUGAUGAUGAGAGGAACCAUGCCAGUGACACGAGUCCGUGCCCCUGAACAUGAUUUGGGGCGGUAGGGUGUCCUGUGUUACUUCCGAACCAAAAAACUGCUGGGGGUGUGGUUGCAUGUUAUUCAGCCUUUCACUUACAAAAUUAUAAAUAUUUUAUCGUAAAAAUGCAUUGAUCUCGAACACCCACAAACCGCCAGCAAAGAAGCU